AUGGACGAGGAUACGCUUCUACGCCUGUGUUCCACGGCGUUCACAAGUGAAGAGAUUAAGAAAUCGAAAUCCUUACUUUUCGAAGCUCUCCCUAAGGAUAAGAAAAAUAUUCAGCGUAAGGGGGACAAAAAGGAGCAGCGUGAUCUCAGUGAUAUUAUACAAGUCCUGAAAACUACGGAUCCCAAUCUUGUUCCCGUGUUCGUUGCAAGGCAACUUGAAAAGUUACCUGCUAUUACUUUCGAUCAUUUGGAUUGCACUCGUUUACUAAAAGAUAUUUUGAAACUUCAAGAUGAUGUAAAUAUGUUGAAGACAAGUAGUGCUACCGUGAAACAGUUAGAAGAACUAAAAUGUGAGUUGCAACCAAUAAAGAGUGGUAUACCUUCACGAUUAUCGUCCCUUCUUCUUCCUAUCCUUGACUACGCCGAUGUUUGUUAUUUGGAUCUCACUGAAGAGCUGCUCAACAAACUCGAGAGGUUGCAGAACGCAGCCAUCCGCUUCGCGUUUGGCUUGCGUAAGUUCGACCAUGUGUCGGUGUACCGUGCGCAGCUCAACAAAAAGGACUUAGAACAAAAACUGAAGCAAGCCCUUCUUGAACUACAGGCGUCUCAAGAAGAAUGCAAGAAGCUUCUAGAAGAACAUGAAGAGAGUGAGGCAGAAGUAAUUAAUGUAAAUAAUAGAAUACUGUCUUUAAAGAACGAGCUCACCGAGUUAGAUGGUCGGUAUAAGGACUUGCAACACCAACGGGACUACUUACAAUCCGUGAUCAACUCACAGGAUGAAUGUCGAAAGAACCAUGAGGCUGCUCUAAAUCGUAUCAGAGAACUAGAGCAACAGGUUGCUAUAGCCUACAAUACAAUAAAAGCUCAUGAGGACCAACAUUCCAUCAACGAGUCACAACAAACUAUGGCGUUAUACAAUGAGUUAGUCCGUGGAGAAAAUUGCCAAAAUAAUGAGUCCAUGACCAUAGAUCUCACCUCAAUGAGUGAUAAAUAUAGUGAUGAUGAUGAAGGUUGUGAAGAAACACAUAAAUUGAGACAAGAAAAUUGUGAGCUCCAACGCCAAUUAGCACGUUUACAGCAAUUAUAUGGGAAUGCACAGAAGGAAAUCACUGAACACAUCAAGGCAACAGAGUCCCUGGUUAUUAAUACGGAACGGCUUGAGUCUCUGGUGCACGACCGAAACCUGGAGCUGGAAACACUCCGCGCCAAAACAAGCAGCGAGUCUAGCGAGGAUUUGCAGCGCGGGGGGUUGGUCGUAAUUUCUGGAGCCUCACCGUCCACUAGCGCCACAUGUACCACGCUGCGCGAGACCGCUCCGCGAGUGAUGUGCGACACCGCACCGCCCAACAACGAGCCGCCGUGUGCCGCGCUGCCGAGUGUCGCGCCGGCCGGUGAUGUGCCGCCGGGAGCCGAGCCGCGGAGGGUCAGAGUCCGCGGAGCCUCGAGGCGCGGGGCGUCAGCGGCAGUGCCGCCUUCCGAGGCGCAAGCGCCUGCGGCGCCCCCGCCCGCUGCGCCGCCAGAGAAGCUAUCAUUAUGUCUAUGGCAGAAGACGGGACGCCCUUAUUCAGUAGUGUCGUCCGGACAAGACUCCUGCAACCAAGGCAAGUUGAUAGUGGAUGUUGCGGGUGCUUGA